GUGCUGCUCAUCAGUGCUCGUGCCAAUCCAAGAAAGGAAUCUGCACUACAGCAUCAAAUGUCCUUCGUGAACAAUCAUCAGGAUCUUCCUCUCCUCAAUGCUGUGGAAAUCCCGGUCAAUGUCGAGGCCAUGCUUUCGUCCGAUCAAUCUUCAAGGCAAGAGAGUACCGACCACAACGCCGAUAGGAGAAGACUCAGUGCCGUGCGACGUGUUGUAGCUCGUAAAACUUGCUGUACCCUCGAACCCGGAGAAAGUAUGCCAGAACCGGAAGAAGUCCUUCUACGGAGGCAACAACGUUCUAGCAAACCAGUCGAUGUGGUCAUGGACGAUGCUCCGUCAAGUGCGCAUCUACAGAUCGGCUACGAGGAGGAAGAAGUAAAUCAGACUGGGCAUCGUAGAGCAAUGGUCCCUGAAGAACUAUUACAGGGACCCCAAAGGGUCGUUACCGUACGUAGUGAAGGAAUGCGCGAUGCAAUUGCACUAUUGGACCGGCAGUUUGGUUGCUCGUAG